AUGCCGCAUGAAGCCGGACAGUUGGCCACAAUGGCCGGCAGCGAGCCCGAUAUGGCAGAAGGGAAUGCUGGACAUCCCACCUCGAUUACCUCGACACAAGCUCGCUCAAGAGCGGAAGCCACCAAAGCUUGGCUGGAUGCAAAUAGCUUCUCGGAGUCGCAGGGCCGCGUUGCACUUGUCAGCGAUGAAGCCAUGCUUCUUCAUGCAGGCCCACCCAACCACCCUGAACGACCGGCGAGGCUUGCAGAAAUACUGCGGCAGCUGGACAUGUCAGGUUUACAUUCUAUUUGCAAGAAAGUUACAUCUCGAGAAGCAACCAAAGAGGAGCUGAUGCGGGUUCAUACUGAAAAUCAUGUGGAGCUUGUGUCCAAGUCUGCCACAGCAAAGAAAAAGGGCAAAGGCUGGGGACUGCCAUUUGGACCGGACACCUAUGCAAAUGAGCACACGCCUCAUUGCUCCUUCCUGUCUGCUGGCUGCCUGCUGGCCUUGGUCGAUCACUGCCUCCAAGACACUGUCAACGAACGGUGUGGUAUGGCGCUCAUACGGCCACCUGGGCAUCAUGCCGGCGCAGAGAAGGCGUCAGGCUUUUGCAUGUUCAACAACGUGGCUGUCGCUGUGCGGCAUGCCCAGUCCGAGCAUGGGCUAAAGCGUGUUGCAAUUAUCGACUGGGAUGUGCAUCACGGAAAUGGAACGAACGACGUCUUUUCUGAAGAUGACAGCGUGUUAUUCUUCAGUUUACACCGAUAUGACAGCACCUUUUUUCCUGGAACUGGGUAUGCAGAGGACGUUGGCAAAUCCGCUGCGAGAGGAUACACUGUCAAUGUUCCACUAGACAAGGGUUUUGGAGACCUGGAUGUUGCACAUGUCAUGCGCUACUUGAUCUGUCCUGUGAUUGAGAAGUUUGCGCCGGAAGCAAUCUUCAUCUCUGCUGGUUUUGAUGCAGUGCGCGGCGAUCCGCUUGGAGACUGUCGUGUGAGUCCAGAAGGAUUUGGAUGGAUGACCCGUUGCUUGUACCGCUUGGCGCAGCACUACUGCGAGGGCCGUCUUUUUCUGGCCUUGGAGGGUGGCUACAACCCUGAUUUGAUUGCGCAGUGCACCGUUGAGUGCGUUCGCACUCUCCUUGCAGAGGUCCAUGACCUUGCAGGACCUGGUGCUGAAGAUUUUGUUCCUCCGGCACCGUCCCCCAGCUCCAGCUUGCCAGGAACGCCUGCCAUGCUGCCAGCCUCGCCUCUUUUCUGUGCAUCAAAUGGAUCCGAGGCUUCACAGCCGUCGACACCUUCGCUCAGACCAGAUGGCACACCGCCAUCUUCCCCUGCGCUUGGCAGAAAGGCAUGCUGUGAUUUCUUUGCGAGAGAGGUCCUAGAUCUCCGCCACUAG